AUGACUAUUGACUACACUUGGUGGAAAGACGCCACUAUUUAUCAAGUUUAUCCUGCUACCUUUGCCAAAGGGUUAAAAGGAAGAUACACUGGAGGUGACAAAACAUUUGAUGGUGCUUGUGGUGACAUUCCUGGUAUUAUUGCCAAAUUAGACUACUUGAAAGACUUUGUUGAUGUGAUUUGGCUCAGUCCCCAAUACGACUCACCACAAGACGAUAUGGGGUAUGAUAUCAGCGACUACCAAAACAUCUACCACAGGUACGGUACUAUGGAAGAUAUGCAAAAGUUGAUUGACGGCUGUCACGAGCGUGGUAUCAAAAUUAUCGCUGACUUGGUGAUCAACCACACUUCUUCCGAGCACAAGUGGUUUAAAGAGUCCAGAUCGUCAUUAGACAACCCCAAGAGAGACUGGUACAUCUGGAAGAAACCAAGAUACGACGACAAGGGAAACAGAUUGCCACCAAACAACUGGAUGUCUUACUUUUCGGGUUCUGCUUGGGAAUACGAUGAAACUACCGAUGAGUACUACUUGAGAUUGUUUGCCAACACUCAGCCAGACUUGAACUGGGAAAAUGAAGAAACCAGAAACGCUAUUUAUGACACUGCUUUAAAGUUUUGGUUUGACCGUGGUAUUGAUGGGUUUAGAAUUGAUACUGCUUGCUUGUAUUCAAAAGAUCAAAGGUUCCUUGAUGCUCCGGUUGUAUACAAGGACCAAUAUUAUCAACCAAGUGAUAAAUACACUUCAAGCGCUCCUAGAAUCCACGAGUUCCACAAGGAAAUGUUCAAGAAGGUCACCUCUCACUAUGAUGCGAUGACCGUUGGUGAGGUUGGUCAUUGCUCCAGGGAGCAGGCUUUGAAAUAUGUUAGUGCUUCAGAGAAGGAAAUGAAUAUGAUCUUUUUAUUUGACACUGUUGAUGUUGGAUCCGAUAAAAAUGACAGAUUCAGGUACUAUGGCUUUGACUUGAAGGAUUUCAAAAAGGCAGUUCAAGACCAAUGUGACUUUAUUGAGGGAACAGAUGCAUGGUCUACCGUUUUUAUCGAAAACCACGAUCAGCCAAGAAGUGUCACUAGAUUUGGUGACAAGAAGUAUCACGACAAAAGUGGUAAAUUGUUGGCUCUUUUGCAAACCACUUUGACUGGUACUUUGUUCAUCUACCAAGGCCAGGAGAUUGGUAUGACCAACUUGCCAAGAGAAUGGCCGAUCGAGGAGUACAAGGAUAUCAACACAAUCAACUAUUACAAUGUCUUUAAGGAGAAGUACGGAUCAGAUCCAGAUUUCCCAGAAAAGGAAAAGAAGCUUAUGGAUGCCAUCAACUUGUUAGCUAGAGACCACGCUAGAUCACCCAUGCAAUGGGAUGAUUCCGAAUUUGCUGGCUUCUCCGAAUAUGAACCCUGGACAAGAGUUAAUCCAAACUACAAGGAUAUCAAUGUUGCUAGUCAAAUCGAGGAUCCAAACUCGCUCUUGAACUUUUGGAAGAAGUCAUUAAAGUUGAGAAAGGAGCACAAGGAUCUCUUAAUUUACGGAUCGUUCAAGAUUUUGGAAUUUGAUAACGAGCAGGUGUUUACUUAUGUCAAGAGUUUGCCAAACUCAGACUACCCAAAGGCUUAUGUUGUCCUCAACUUUUCUAAAGAUUCGGCCAAGUUUAGCAAGUCGAUUGAUGGCGACUUCAAGUUGAUCAGCACCAAUGUCGACAAAGCUGAUCUUGUUGAGGAUUCAUUGUCUCCUUACGAAGGACGUGUUUACAUUAUAGAUGAAUUCCUAUUCGAUGUUAAAUAUGUUAAUAGUUAA